GUCUCAACAGCCAAAAUGGCGGCGGCCAUUGGCGCAGAGUCCCGCUUGUAGUUCCAUUGCCUUAUUCCUCCCAUUGUAAAAUGUGAAAGGAGACGCGGCUAGCAGAGGGGGUCCUAGGCAAUGAGUCGGCGAAGAAAACAUGGGGACAGUCCUGGCCUGAAGAACACGCCGCGCAAAGCGACGGCAACUGAGGAAUGCAGCUCGGUGGUCGAGCCGGGGAAGAGGCGGCUGAGGUCGGCCCACGGCUCGGGGCCCCGCGGGGCUAGAGAGAGGCCUACCCGGCCUCUGCCGCAGCAAGAGCAACCUCCAGCAGCCGCUUCGUGCAGUAAAAGUAACCCCGAGGGUGAGACGUGGGCAGCGCGGCCUCUCAGGGCCUCUGCGACUCAGCUUCACAACCCUGUUCCUAACAGGGAAACGCCGGAAAUGUAUGAAACACCUAAGAGAAUGCUGCAAGUGGAUUUAUUGUCAUCUACCUUCAGUUCUCCUAAUGAUCCAGAUGGAUUGAAUGAUAUCUUUUGGGAUCAGAAUUCUCCAAUGACAAAACAGUUAGGUAAAGGAAGAAAAAAACAGAUUUACACCACAGAUAGUGAUGAGAUUUCCCAUAUCGUUAAUCGUAUUGCUCCUCAGGAUGAGAAACCAACAACAGAUUCCAUGCUGGGCAUGUGGAUUGGUGCAACUGCUAUUCCUUGCACUCCCAGUGUUGCAAAAGGAAAAUCAAGAGCAAAAAUCAGCUGCACAAAGUUGAAAACACAAAAUCAGGAGGAGGAACUUAUGAAACUGGCUAAACAGUUUGAUAAAAAUAUGGAAGAGCUAGAUGUGAUUCAAGAGCAAAACAGAAAUUAUGAUCUUAUCCAGAUGAUUUCAGAUGCAGAGACUUUAAAUAAUUACAGAGAUAAUGUACAGACACAGUUACUACAUGGUAUUGUUCCUAAAGUAGACGCUACAGUAAAGAAACCAGUGAAAGAAAACACGAAGAUGCCUUUGGUAAAUGAUCAAAAUAGCAGUCAGAGGCCAUUUGACCAAAAUGCUGAAGCAGCCUUUAUUGCCAUUUUUGAUGGUUCUACUCAGAAAUGUAGUGGACAGUUAAGCCAGGAUCUAUCAGAUGCUUUCUUGGACACCAGUAAUAUUAAUUUUAGAAUGAAAAAUGCUUCGAAAGACAAAAUCAUUACUAAUGAAGCGCUGGUCACUGAAAAACUGCCAGAUAAAACUCCAGGAUCACUUUCUCAUCAAGUACAUACUCCUACAAUGACAAAAUCAUAUGUGACUUCCUGUAUUAAGGAACCAGGAGCUUUUACUAGGCCCAUUGAUGCACUUACUACCAGUGAUUUUGAGGAUGAUUGGGAAAACUUAUUAAGUCAUGAGCCUUUUAUGCAGAAUGUUGAAAUGUCUGAACUUUUCCCCACUCCUAAAAUAGCCCAGAUUGCUGAUCAAAAGGAAAUGUGUACCUUUAACAGUAUAAAUGAUAAAAGUAAAUCAGGAAUGAAUAUAAGUCUAGACGCCAGGUUAAGAGAUUCAAAAAUGUUACAGAAUCUUCCUUCAAAGACACAUAACAGAGAAUUAACAGAUGCUACAAAAUACAAAUUGUCACCAGACCCAAAUGGUAAACCAAACAAGUUAUCAUCCACUGGAAAUAAAAUGAAAUUUGAGAAACUUUGUGAUACAGUUGUUCAAAACAGAAUUCAAGACUGUGCAACUAGAUCUAAUCUGACAAAAGUAAAGGAAGAUGCUCAUAUUAAAUUUUCUCCUAAUGUAAAUACUUCUGGAAAAAAGUCUACUUUGAACACAGGAUAUCCUAAUGAACAAAAAAAUAAGUCCAUUUUUAAUCAGAGUUUUAAAACACCUACUAAUGUAGAGCCUUUAGGCUCUGCAACUUUGGGCAAUAAAGCCAGUGUUGGUAACCCAAAUCAGACUAAUGCAUCAAAGCUUACUUCUUUCUUUGAUGACUGGAAUGAUCCAUCAUUUGCCAGUGAAAUUAUUAAAGCGGGUCAUCAGUUAGAGAAUACCUGGGAAGAUGAUGUGGAUGAUGAUUUAUUAUACCAAGCCUGUGAUGAUAUUGAAAGACUGACUCAGCAACAAGACAUUAGAGUGAACAGCAGGACAUCAGAAAGUGUACUUGGGAUCAAUAAUAGUUCUAAACAUGGAGCCAAAAACGUGGUUACUACACCUAAAAAAGGAAGUCAGUUGGUGCAAUCAAAGCCUUUGAAUCUGAACAGCAUUUCAGCACAUAAAUUUUCAUUGACAAAUAGCUCACAAGUAAAUAAAUCCGUGAAGAUGGAGAAAGGGGAAAUUUGUGGAAAUUCUCCGGGUUUUUUAGGUGCUACAACAAAAUUGACUCUGUACUCUAAGAACUCAAAUUGUCCAAUGAAUAAUCUGCAUGUCUCUUGGAAUAAUAACACUGAUGUUCCAAUACAAGUGAAUAGUUCCAGAUCAGUUCUUACAGGAAGUUCAAGUUUGAAUGUGAGUUCAGAUCAUACGAGUACAGAAGUUGGUACCUAUAAGAAGUUGAUAAGUACUCCACAUCUGCCCCAUAGGACCGUAGCAGAUGAAGCUCAGAGUGACGUUAACAGAACAGUUAGAUUUUCUAAGUACACAUUUACAAAGAUGAAAAAUUCUCAAAUUCUUUCCCAGUUUAAUAACAAUUAUAUAACAGGAACUAUUCCUGAUACCAAAAUUACACAGGGUUUGGAGAAAAAUAAAACUGUCAACCCCUUAUGUGAGAAGGCUGUUCAACAGCAAUCUAUGGUGAAAUUUUCUGAAUCUUCGAAACAACCUUCCAAAGAGGAAGAAGAGAAAAAUAGAAAGUAUUCUCCUGAAGAAAUUCAGAGAAAAAGACAAGAAGCAUUGGUUCGAAGAAUGGCCAAAGCACAGGCAUCAUCUGUAAAGGCAGCUCCCACCUAACUUGGUUUCUUUAAUGAAAUAUUUGUUGGGAAAUAACAAAGACAGUUGAUAACUAUCUAUGAUAGGAAAUUUUUUUUCUUGAUUUCUCUGUGAGAAAUUUAAUGCUGAGUUAUAAAGCAUGGACUUCUACUUUAUUUAAUAAAUCUGUGUUUGCAGUGGUCAUUGAAGCCUUUCCAUGGAGAUGUAUAUGAAAAUAUGGAAAUAAUUGCAUGUAAUUUGGAAAUUCAGAAAAGUUAGCAAUUAUGUAGUAGAAUUAUACAGAGGAAAGUAGUUUUAUUUUUAAAUACUAUGAAUGCAGAGUAUCAUCAAAAAUAGAUAAUUAUUUCUAAUACAAAGCUUCAACUUAAUAAUUUAAUAGACUAUUUUUUAAUUUUACUUUAAAUAACUAUGCCUUAAGGUUUUUAUGCAUUUCUGAAUUUUAACUAAUACUUACAUAUUCUUAGGAACAUGGCUGGUAGGAAAUAAAGGAUUUCAACUUAUUUGUAAGGAAAGUAAUAUUUUCAGUUGCUACUCUGUAGUAGAUGUGAAUUUUAAAUUCUCUGAAAUGUAAUGUAGUUUUGAAACUUGCUGUCAUUUUUAGGGAAAAUGCUGAUUUAAGAAGUUAAGUUUAGAAAAAAUGCAUGUGUUUUGGGCAUGUAAGUUGCGUGGCAUCAUCAACAUUUAAAACUGUCAAAUUUUAGAUAUCAUCUGGUCCAACUUCUCUAUUGUGUAGGUGAGAAAUGAAUACUGUUAUUCUGCUAGUCACAAGGCAAGUUAAAGUUGUGCUGGGAUUGGAAUGAUGUUUUUCAUUCUAAUGGAUACCUAGGCAAACAUACCAUUUGCUUCAGAGUUACUAAUUAUAAUUAGCACAUAAAAUAACUUGUUAGUGGGAGCAUUAAUUUCUGUAUAGUAUAAAACUAAAAAAUAAGUAAAAGUACACUAAGAGACUGUUUGAUAAACACGUUCAUUGUUUCUUAGUUAAAGAAUUAACAUUCUAGGAUAUAGAAAACAAUUUCUGUUUUCCUUGAACUAUGUAAUUUUCCAUUGAUUAACUUACUGACUUUACUAAUUUGUUCUUCUCUAUUACUCUCUUUUUCCUUUUUGCCUGUUUGGAAUUUCCUAAGUGGCAUAAGGACGAUUAGGAUGCUUUCUUCAUCCCAAAUGGCUUUAGGAGGCUGAUGAAAGUUAGAGAUGUGAAGACCUACUAGGGUGUUCCCCUGUGUUCAGGUAUCUUAGAGCUAUGAUAGCAAAAUGAUUAAAUGUGUUUUAAGGUAUUGCUGUAUAGCUACAUCAUUUUGAAAAAAGUUAUUUUCAUGUGUGCAGUGGAGUGACACAUUGCAAGUAACGUUUAUUAUUUGUCUAAGCAUAUAUAAUAAAGAACCCAUGUAAAUAUAGGUAAGUUUACUCUGUAAGAAAGUGAAGAGCUAAGAAUCUUUUUCCUUUUCUAAAGUGGCUUCACUGUGUUCCCCUGUACUUCGGAUAGCUCUACUUUUGCUUAAGCUCUUCCCUGCCUACACCUUGAUUCCUGGGGAGUGCCUUGAGCCUCUUUUGCCCAAUCAUUGAGCCCAGUAAGUUUCCAUUUCUUUGACACUUGUACCUGAUCAUCCUUACUGGAAUUGAUUUCUUCUCUCUAAUCAUUGUGGUCUUAUUUCUUGAAUCUUUGGUGGGACAGUUCUACAAUUCCUUAUAUGUCAUUCAGUUGUAUAUGUAUUCUAGUAUUAUUUCUAAAACUUCUCAUGUUGUACUCUUCCAUAGUUUUGUCCUAUUCUCAAUAUAGCCUAUGCUGCUGUUUAAAGUUUUCUUAAAGUGACCCCUUUUCUCUUUAAAGGGAAAUGUAUAGUAUGUAGAGUACUUACAGAUGGGGGUGAAAGGGUAGCCCAGCAAAUCUGAACCCCAACAUGUUCUUCACACUCUCCUUUCCUAUCCUGAUCCUCCUCUUUAGUGCUUGUUGGAAACAGUAGGGACUGAGUGGCCCAUUAAUGAGCACAUAGAGAACUGUUUGGAUUGUUUCUCUUGCUUGGCUUUUUCCAGUUUCUGGGGAAGGGACAGUUGGUAGGCCUGGUGGCUCUAUUCCAGCUCAAGCUCUGCUGCUGUUUAUGUGUCUAAGAUUGGCUGCAGAAAAACUGACACUAGUAAUGCCAGUAUUGCAGGAGAGUCUGCAGAGGAGAGCCUAUCUGUUGUUACUCUUUCUUGUUGCAGGCAUUUCUGAUCCUAGGAAAACUUGGGUUGCUUAUAACAGACAGUGGUAUGCACACAGGUACCACACCUCGGGAAACCCUGCCUAUAUCAUUGUCCUUUAUUAUCACGAACUUUUAAAGUUCCUGAGGACAGAGGCCCCUUAUUCAUCUUGGUCUACCCAGUACUGGUAGUGGUUACUUAUUAAAUGUCAAGUGAAUUUAAAUAGAUUGUAGUGGCAGGGAUUCUUCCUUCCUCACUUGAAGCAUUUUGACUUUGAUUUCCUGAACUCCAGGAUUGGAAAAUGUUUCUAAAAACAAUUUCAGUUUAGCCUAACUGAUUCACACAAGUGAUAAUUUAUCUGGAGUAUGACCAUGUUUUUCAGUUCUUGUCAGGAUGUAGUGCAAAAUCACUUGUGGGACUCUAAAGCAAAACAACAAACUUAUGUCCUUAUGCCUUCCCUAGAUUUGAUAAAUGGAUACAUCUAGACAUAAAUUUCUGUGUGUACUUUUUUUUUUCUCCUUCUUUAUCUGUGUGUACUUAUAAAGUCCAUUGGCUAAAG